AUGCCGGCAAGAACGGAUGGCACCACAGCCAGCCCGGUGGCCGCGGCGCCAGCUAAGCGCUUCGAGCUCCCCGCCCUCGAGUUUAACUUCUCGUCCCUGACCGAAGGCACCGAUAUCCCGCCGCCGCCGCCGUCCCCUAUCAGAGAGGAGGUUGUGACACCACCCAAGACGCCAGCCAAAGAGGAGGGGCAAAAGACAGGCAAGGUGAACGGCAGCCUCACCUCCACAUCGCCCCAGUCAAAUGCCACAACGACCACCAUUGGAGGCACCAAACGCCCCGCCGACGACAACCCGGCGUCACCCACCUUUUCGACACGCCAGGGUAGCAUCCGGCGCCUGUUCAGCAAGAAUCUCUUGAAUACAGCGUACGCAGAGGGCGAGGAUCCGGCAGAGGGUGAUGUCAAACGGCCGGUGAGCCGGACUUCGGCCAGCUUUGUGGAUUCAAAGAAGGCCAAGAGGUCGAGCGGCUGGUUCAGCCGGUUAAGGAGUAACGACAACGCCGGCAACAAGAGGGCAAGCGUCAUUGUGGUACCCAAUGAGAAGAAACCGACAGGGCCGCCACCGCCGAUGAUCCCAGAGCUUAGCGAGUUGAAGUCGUCGUUGGACUUCAACAACGGCGGGUGCCUGGGGAGCGACCUGUUCAAGGAUAUAAAAUGA